AUUGUAGACUAUGGCGUUCCAGAAUUGCCCCGCUUCGAGAUCGACAGUUUCCUUCACCAAAUGUCCAAGCACACAUGAAGAGUGGAUGGCUGCAUCCAGACGAAAAAAUUGCUCAAGCAUUUCCCAAAACUGUACUAGUCCGAAAAAUUUCAGAUAUCAUUGUGUUUCAAACGCCUUCAUGAAUGAAACUAUUGAAGUGUGUGCUCCUGGAUUAUUUCUUUUAGGAUUUUGUCCAGAAUAUAAUUUCCGUGGGGAACGAAUACAAGAUAACUAUAAUGCUGAUUGUAAACGUUAUGCAGAGCCUUGCCCCAACAGAUACGAAUCUUGGAAGUCCUACAAAUUUCCAGAAUGUGUUACUUUGAAAAAACCAAAGCACAGAAGUGAAUAUUUAUUAUCGAAUAAAGCGUCAAAUUUUAGUUUAGUGAAGGAAAAAAUGAAAAGACCUGAAGUCAGUAUAGAAACCUCUGUGGACGUGAUUUUAUGGUCCUGUCUGAGCGUUUCAUGCGUUGUAUUCAUAUCAAUCUGUGUAUUCCUUUUUAUUUAUAAAAGAAAGCAAAGAAUAGAAGAGAAAUAUUCCAAAGAAAAGAGACCACUUAAUGAUAUCGAAUCCCAAAAAAGGGAUUCCUAAAAAAUCGGAUAGAGUAAUUAUUGUCACAUAACUUACUAAUUAUCAACAACUAUAUGAAGACAUUUGCAGGACAUUCAAUUUCAUAACAGACAAGAAAUCGUUAUUUUAACUUAGUACUUACAAAUAGUAAACAUUUCUAAUAUUUGCAAGA